UUGUAUAUCACGCUACAGUACCUCGCUGAUUGGGCAUCUCAGCGUCAGAAAGAAGGCAAAGAUCCAUCUUCGUUAGGCCACGAUUUGGAUCUCGCAAUACGACCACAGAUAGCUCAUUUGACACAAGACAGUCGAUGGCCCUUGCCUUAUGCUCUUGGCAACAUAGUGCGACAGUUGAAAAAAGAAAUAAUUAAGAUUGGCACACCUGAUAGGAACGGUCGCAAACAAACUAUUGAAGAUGUCCAGAAAUGGCUUGACGAUUGUGCCGAAGAAAACUUUGGCAUUGCUUUCCGUGCCAUUUCUGAGUAUCUCAUGGGUAAAAUGAAAUCUGCACGCAAUGUAGUUACCUACGAUUGGUGUCCUCUCGUUAGCAAAUUGUUGUUGGGUUCUAUAGAUAAAGGAUUCCAACCCGUAUUCACUGUGGUUGAUGCAGAAAUGGAAGGCAGAGGACUGCGACACAUCAAAAAAUUCACUGAGCGUGGAAUCCGCUGUCGAUAUACGGACUUGAACUCAGUUGGAGCUGUUAUGGAAAAUGUGAGUUUGAUACGAGGAUAAAA